GAACAGCCAGCCCUUCCCUGACAGCGGAGUUGACGAGCCAGUGGUAGGCUCUGAGACACGAGCACCACGGAAGUUUGGCCUCGAACGGUCCAAUAGUGAAAGCACGAAGGCGGUGCUUGCGGUGGCCUUGCACCAAAGGGAGCCCGUUGAUAGUUAAAGCUCUGUGUGAAACCUAUAUUGUUAUUUUGAAUGUAUGUAUGUGUUUGUUUGUUGAAGAAAACGGUUACGCUGGCAAAUGGAUUGUCUUAUAUUUAAAAUGUGCUUGUUUUUGUUCCACGCUGUUCCCGUCAUUCUUACAGCAGAGACUAGCGGUACUAGUAUCGCAGAGAACAAAGUAGUCUGUUAUGGAGUGAACAAUCAGAGCUACAGCUGUGAUGCUGGCCAUUGCUGUGGGGAGUCGCAGUGCUGUAACUACUACUAUGAGCUCUGGUGGUUCUGGCUGGUUUGGACUAUAAUUAUAAUAUUGAGCUGCUGUUGUGUUUGCCACCACCGACGCACAAAGCACCGGCUGCAGCAGCAACAGCGGCAACACGAAAUAAAUCUGAUUGCCUACCGGGAAGCUCACAACUAUACCUCCCUGCCAUUCUACUUCAGGUUUUUGCCAAAUUAUCUACUGCCUGCCUAUGAAGAAGUGGUAAAUAGACCUCCAACCCCACCUCCACCGUAUAGUGCCUUGCAGUCGGGCCCUCCAGCCAGCAGCAGCCCCUCAAGCCCAGAGCAAGCAGACAGAAACCCACAGGCGGCACAAGUGAACACCCCACCAGCAGCCAACGAUGCUGUCUCCCAACACCCCAGCACCCUCGAACCUGAGCCACCCACAGCCUACAUCCAGAGAGAAGUCACAAAGCCUCAUGUUGCUAUCGAGCAGGACAGCCUGGACGCCUGCGCAGAGGAACUGGCUGAUCCAGCAUCCUCUCCAGACAAGGAGGGGGACUGUCCGAAAGAUCUGCUGAAAGACUUGAGCGCUGAAACCUUCUCGGACGACAAAGACAAGACCCCAGGAAGGCACCGGCGCUUCACCGGAGAUUCAGGCAUCGAGGUUUGCGUCUGCAGCCGGGGGAGCGAGGCAGAUCUCAAGGAGCUGGACGGACUGCUUGAUGAAGGAUUGGACGGACCCAUGGACUUCUGCAACACCUGUGACCCCCGGGCGUACAGGGAUGAGGAACUGGGACUGGCUGUUCUAGAGAGACACCAGGACCAUGGGGAGCCUUCACUGUCUCGGCAUCCGGCCUGCCUAUUGCUGCACACUAUAAAUGAGCAGGAAUCCCCAAACAGUCAGUGUGCCAGCAGUGAUCCACAAAGUUGAGCAGAGGUUUGGUGCAUAGAAAAGAGUUGAACAGAAACAGACUUUUUUUUUGUGAUGGUAGUGAUUUGAGGGCUCACAUUAAGUCUGUGGCUGUUAUUUCUCAGCAAGACCCAGCAAAGCCUUUAGUAAAGUGAGUGCUGCUCUGCUUUCAGAGGACACCACUUUUUUUUACUUUACAAAAAGAAACCUUGCCUUGAUGGCUCACAGGAGUAUAUGCUACACAAGUCGAGGCAGUUUGCAUAUUUAGAAGGCAAACUAUUUCACCUUUGUUACAAGGAAUUUGUGGCCCGUUCCAUGUAAGCAGACUGGCAACUUUAUGCACUGAAGUGCUUUGCUGGAAAAAUGAAACCGGAAGAUUUAGUCUCCUGAUUGCUAAUUUAAUUAGGAUUACAAUCAAUGAGUAAUAUUGGGAAACAGAUGGUGUCUUUUUUUACUUGUUUUUAAAAAUACAUCAUUUGGUUUGUUUUCUGUGGUGGAAAAGAGACAUAGACCAUAAUCUCCUCUUGGAUAACAAUGCCAAUGAACAGCUUCAACAGAGAUCUCUUCAGAAGGUGUAUUCAUUCUUGCAUACAGGUAAUGGAUAAUGGUGGGAUUUCCCUAGUCCCUCUGUGCCCGGUGUACAACACACAUGAUGCCCAGAUUUGUUGUGUUUGUGUGUGUGGGUAGUAUUUUAAUUUUAAGUGAUCUUAUUAUUUUAAGAGCCAAAAAGCACCAGGUUGCUGCUUUUGUAAGUGUAUGUGUGUACAUGCAUUAUACGAUCACUUCAGUUAUACAAGGAAAUUAUCCUUUCAGUUCUGAUCUGGGACAGUUACUACUUACUGUGUUUGGAUCCUUCUAUUCAAAUAUCAAAGAUUUAUAAAUGACUGUUCUUUUUAGAGCAAGUCCUUGUAGGGUGUUGGGAGAUAUAUAUAAAGAUUUUUUUAGCAAAUUAGAUUUUUUUUUUUGUGUACUGUAAGCUUUAAAUUAAGCAUUUAAAAUGUGCUGGCUGGAUUUUUGGAUUUUCUUCACUAGGCUAUAACUAAGUCACAUCCUUUUCACCUUGGCUAUAGCUGAGUGCUGAAAUGAAAACAAUACCUUACAACAACAAACAAUCCAUGAAAUUGUAACUUCACUUGCAAUAAAAAAAAAAAAAAGUAAUCAGCAACCCUGCUGUACCACAAAGGGUACUAUAUCGUAAUGUAGCUGUUGGAGCUUUACACAUUGAAAUCUGUUCUGUUUCAGUUAUUUUACAUGGUAUAUACAGUAUGUGACUUGUUAUCUGACACAAACAGCAAUGUUACUUGUUGGGUUUGACUCCCGUCUGCUUGUUUUGAAGUAAUUACUAAUAUUCCGCCUAGGAAAUGCUGAGGGCUUUUUAUGUAUGUUUACAAAGCUGGCAGACCUAUUGAGCAGAUAAAAAUAAAGCUGGGGGAAUAAUAAUUGGAUACACAUCCAUGAAUAACCGAGUAUAAAAGCCAAGUGUAGGGAGGGAAGUGGGAGAAGGAUCAUAGUAAAAAUGAUCUCAAAUUGAUUUUUAAUCAGAUUUCAUCAGUUCAAUUUAAAGGAGAGUAAAAACUUUGCACAUCUCAGUAGGCUUCUCUGUACAUUUCAGAUGGGAGGCCUCCUGAAGUUAUCUAAGAUUACUUAGAGCUUUGUUCCAGCAAAGGCAUACUAGAGAGAGGCAAACUAUACUGCAAACAAUUGAAAAACAAAAGUUAGUGAACAAUAUCAAGUAACCAUUGCUUGAGAAAUUCAGUACCAUUAUCUUCUGUUCCUUAAAUGUACAUUAUUCAAUUGACCUAGAUAUCUGUUACAGGUAUAAACGUGCAUUUAAUGGAAAAGGAUACUAGUUUUUGUCUUACCCUAGGCGGUGUCUGUCUCUUGUGUUGUAAUCAUAAAUACAAGCCAUUGUUUUGCCUUUUAAGCCAACAGAAUGGCCUGCUGGCUGUUUGCACACCUUAUUUUCAAGGGCCUUUACUUGACAAAAGAUGGCCUUAGAUUUAUUAAUGCUGCAUAAUUGCUGAAGAAAAGAGUUUUUAUACAUAAAUGCAAAACUCAAUUAUUUUUAUGUUAAAUGAAAUAUACCAGUUACACUAUUUUUUGAAGAAAAAUAAUUAUAUUCAGUUCAUAUUCCUUCUUUACAAAAGCUUCAUGUGUUAAAGGCCACUUUAAGACUUGUGUACAGGUGGAAAAUACAUAUCAGCUCUGUGUUGGAUGUAUCAUUUUUUGUGUGUGUGUGUUGUUGAGAUCAAAGCACAACUGCAUGAUGGCGUCCCAUAUCUUAAUAAAGCAACGCUGAUCCGAGCUGCCAGGUGGUGUUUUUGCAAAUUCAAUUGUAAUUCCUUGUUUUAAAGAAAGAACCUAACAAAAACAGCACACAGUUAAAUAAAAAGAAUGCAAAAUGGAAUUUGAAUCUACUUGCUCAUUACAGAAUUUAGAACAUCGUUGUUUUUUUUUGGGGGGGGGGGGGCAAAUACAAAAAUUCAAAUGAAAGACUUGGACUGGAAGGGCCAGCUUUGCCCAUCCCUGGAAUAGACAUUCACUUGUAAAAUAAUGUCAAAGUGGAGAGGGGGUCUAAUAAAUAAAAAGCUGGGUGACACAAUGCAGCUUUACCCAGAAUAGAGAAAUGCGAAGAUUACUUGGCAUUACAGUUGGAGAAUGUGAGAAGAAUUGAAUUGUUUAGAAAAACAUGAGCCUAUAUGUUUUCUUUUAGUUUGUUUUUGAUUAUUAAGAAAACAACACUUCAGCUUUGUAAACUACACUGUUUUCCUAUGUUCAGAUAAUGUAGAGCAGUUAAGGUAGUUUUUAAUUAUGCAGAGAAAAAAAAAAAAUGAGCGUGUGCAGUAUCUUAUCUCUGAUUUAUAUUGACAAUGACAAAGUGUUAUCUGCUGUAAUGGAAAAUGCAAGAUGGAUUUAAAAAAAUAAAUACUACAACCCCCUU